ACUCUUCCUCUUCAUCAUCAUCUUCAGCCUGCUCGGCAUGCAGCUCUUCGGAGGCAAGUUCAACUUCGACGAGACGCGCCGGUCAACCUUCGACAACUUCCCCCAGUCGCUGCUCACCGUCUUUCAGAUCCUGACAGGUGAGGACUGGAACUCGGUGAUGUAUGACGGCAUCAUGGCCUACGGAGGGGCGUCCUUCCCAGGGAUGCUGGUCUGUAUCUACUUCAUCAUCCUGUUCAUCUGUGGAAACUAUAUCCUCCUGAAUGUCUUCUUGGCCAUCGCCGUGGACAACCUGGCUGAUGCUGAGAGUCUGACGUCAGCACAGAAGGAAGAAGAGGAGGAGAAGGAGAGGAAGAAGCUGGCCAGAACGGCCAGUCCGGAGAAGCGUCAUGUCAACGAAAAGCCCCCGAUAAUCGAGGUAGAAGAGAAGAAGGAGGAGAAGAUUGAGCUGAAGUCCAUCACCUCAGACGGAGAGACAACCAAUGCCACCAAGAUCAACAUUGAUGAGUACCAAGUAGAUGUGAAUGAAGAGAAGAACCCGUAUCCAGCUAAUGAUUUUCCCGGUACCACUGUACCGGUGAUAAAAAGAGAGGAUGAGGACCCUGAGAUGCCUGUGGGCCCCCGGCCUCGGCCCCUGUCUGACAUUCAGCUGAAGGAGAAGGCUAUUCCCAUGCCUGAGGCCCGGGCUUUCUUCAUCUUCAGCAACACCAACAAGUUCAGGGUUCUGUGCCAUAAGAUGGUGAACCACAACAUCUUCACCAACCUCAUCCUGUUCUUCAUUCUACUGAGCAGUAUCUCUCUGGCAGCAGAGGACCCUGUCCGGAACGACUCCUUCAGGAACCAGAUAUUAGGCUAUGCAGACCAUGUCUUCACUGGGCUCUUCACCAUAGAGAUCAUUCUGAAGAUGACAGCGUACGGGGCGUUCAUCCAUAAGGGUUCGUUCUGUCGGAACUACUUCAACAUUCUGGAUCUGGUGGUGGUCAGCGUGUCGCUCAUCUCCUCUGGAAUACAGUCCAGUGCCAUCAACGUGGUGAAGAUCCUUCGUGUUCUCAGAGUGCUUCGGCCCCUGAGGGCUAUCAACAGGGCCAAGGGCCUCAAACAUGUGGUCCAGUGUGUGUUUGUGGCCAUCCGAACCAUCGGGAACAUCGUGAUCGUCACCUCUCUGCUGCAGUUCAUGUUCGCCUGCAUCGGAGUACAACUCUUCAAGGGGAAGUUUUUCUACUGCUCAGACAGCUCCAAGUCUACAGAGCCUGAAUGCAGGGGUUCAUACAUCAUGUAUAAGGACGGGGAUGUGGGGAAGCCAGAGAGGUCCAUGCGUGUCUGGGAGAACAGUGACUUCAACUUUGACGACGUGCUCCAGGGGAUGAUGGCUCUGUUCGCUGUCUCCACCUUUGAAGGAUGGCCAGCACUCCUGUACCGGGCCAUAGACUCCCAUUCAGAGGACCUGGGCCCUGUCUACAACUACAGAGUGGUCGUGUCCAUCUUCUUCAUCAUCUACAUCAUCAUCAUCGCCUUCUUCAUGAUGAACAUCUUCGUCGGUUUCGUCAUUGUCACCUUUCAGGAGCAGGGAGAGCAGGAGUACAAGAACUGUGAGCUGGACAAGAACCAGCGUCAGUGUGUGGAAUAUGCCCUGAAGGCCCGUCCCCUACGUCGGUACAUCCCUAAGAACCAGUACCAGUACAAGGUGUGGUACGUGGUCAACUCCACCUACUUUGAGUACCUGAUGUUUACUCUCAUCCUGCUGAACACCAUCUGUCUGGCCAUGCAGCAUCACGGCCAGACCCACUCCUUCAACGAUGCUAUGAACAUCCUCAACAUGCUCUUCACCGGCCUCUUCACUGUGGAGAUGAUCCUUAAACUCAUCGCCUUCAAACCACGGGGUUACUUUAGUGAUCCUUGGAAUGUUUUUGACUUCCUCAUCGUAAUUGGCAGCAUAAUAGACGUCAUUCUGAGUGAGAUCAACGGACUACAAAACUCUGAAGAUAACGCCAGGAUCUCCAUCACCUUCUUCCGGCUGUUCAGAGUGAUGAGGCUGGUCAAACUGCUGUCUCGGGGAGAAGGGAUACGGACCCUGCUGUGGACCUUCAUCAAGUCCUUUCAAGCCCUCCCCUAUGUAGCACUGCUCAUAGUGAUGCUCUUUUUCAUCUACGCCGUCAUUGGGAUGCAGAUGUUUGGUAAGAUAGCCCUGAGGGACAACAGUCAGAUCAACAGGAACAACAACUUCCAGACCUUCCCCCAGGCUACACUCCUGCUCUUCAGGUGUGCCACAGGCGAGGCGUGGCAGGAGAUCAUGCUGGCAUGCGCCCCCAUGCGACCCUGUGAGAAGGGGUCAGAGGUGGGACCAGCCAGCGAAGACCAGUGUGGGAGUCACUUCGCUAUCUUCUACUUCGUCAGCUUCUACAUGCUCUGUGCCUUCCUGAUCAUCAACCUGUUUGUGGCUGUGAUCAUGGAUAACUUUGACUACCUGACCAGAGACUGGUCUAUUCUAGGACCUCACCACCUGGAUGAGUUCAAGAGGAUCUGGGCUGAGUACGACCCAGAGGCCAAGGGUCGUAUCAAGCACCUGGAUGUGGUAACUCUGUUGAGGAGGAUUCAGCCUCCUUUGGGCUUCGGGAAGCUCUGUCCCCACCGGGUGGCCUGCAAGCGUCUGGUCUCCAUGAACAUGCCCCUGAACAGCGAUGGCACAGUCAUGUUCAAUGCCACCCUGUUUGCCCUGGUGCGAACAGCACUGAGGAUCAAGACUGAUGGUAACUUGGAGCAGGCGAACGAGGAGCUCCGGGCCAUAGUGAAGAAGAUCUGGAAGAGAACCAGUAUGAAGCUGCUGGAUCAGGUGGUGCCCCCUGCUGGAGACGAUGAGGUGACGGUUGGGAAGUUCUACGCCACUUUCCUGAUCCAGGAGUACUUCAGGAAGUUUAAGAAGCGUAAAGAGCAGGGCCUGGUGGCCAAGGUGCCGCCCAAGACGGCUCUCUCCCUGCAGGCGGGCCUGCGGACGCUCCAUGACAUGGGUCCUGAGAUCCGGAGGGCCAUAUCAGGUGACCUCACAGUGGAGGAGGACCUGGACAAGUCGAUGAAGGAGCCUGUCUCGGCUGCGUCCGAGGACGAUAUCUUCAGGCGAGCGGGUGGGUUGUUCGGCAACCACGUCAGCUACUACAACGACGGGCGCGACAGCGGACGCAACACCUUCCCACAAUCCUUCACCACGCAGCGCCCGCUCCACAUCAGCCAGACGGGCAGCCCCGGCGAGGGCGAGUCCCCGUCCCACGAGAAGUUGAUGGACUCUACCACCUUCACCCCGAGCUCCUACUCUUCCUCGGGCUCCAACGCUAACAUCAACAAUGCCAACAACACGGCGGUCCCCGGUGUGGUAGUGGGGGUUGGUGGUCCAGGGGGGCUCAGCCGUUUCCCAAGCCCCAGCAUCAGUACUGUGGACGGGCAGAGCGGACCCCCGCUAACCCCGAUACUACUGCCGAGGUCUGCAUGGUGCUUCCCUCCCAAGAGCUCGGACUCCACUGACAGCCGUCUGCCGUUCAUCAGGCGAGAGGAGGAGGCGUCGACGGACGAGACGUACGAUGAGAGUUACGCGGACGAGAGAGAAUACCGCCGAAGCGACCAGAACAUUCUCACCUCAGACAUGCUGGUAUAUCAGGAUGAGGAGAACAAGCAGCUGACUCCCAUGGAGGACGGAGAGGAUGGGGGAGACAGGAGACCCUGGCACUCUCCCAGACGAGCCUUCCUCUGUCCCACAGCUCUGGGUCGGAGGUCGUCCUUCCAUCUGGAGUGUCUGAGGAGACAGACGAGAGCAGAUGUCUCCCAGAAGACAGUACUACCGCUGCACCUGGUCCACCAUCAGGCACUAGCAGUAGCAGGUCUGAGCCCCCUGCUUCGACGGAGCCACUCCCCGACCCUCUUCACGCAGCUCUGCUCUACGUCUCCUACCAGUCCCACAAGCCGGGGUAGCCAGGCCUCCUACCAGCGUGUGCCCACCCUUCGUCUCCAGGGCACGGGCCCUGGCACCGGCUCCUACGAGCUCAACUCCAGCCUGCCAUCGGUCAACUGUGGGCCGUGGUACAGCGACAGCAACGGGAACAGUCCCGGUAUCAGCCCUAGGGUGGGUACGGCUAACCAGCGGCCGCCGCGGCCCGUCUCCCUCACUGUGCCGAGCACAGUGCACAAGGACGCUACAUCGUUGUCCCACGGUAGCGCCGGCAGUCUGGUGGAAGCUGUGCUGAUAUCAGAGGGCCUGGGCCAUUUCGCUCAGGACCCGUCCUUCAUCGAGGUGACCAAGCAGGAGCUGGCGGACGCGUGCGACAUGACCAUCGAGGAGAUGGAGAACGCAGCCGACAACAUCCUCAACGGCAACAGCCAGCCCAGUCCCAACGGCAACCUUUUACCCUACAUGCACUGCAACAGGGACCAUGCUGCUUCCCAGGAGCCAGGCCUCAGCGAUGGGCCUGGGCCGGUCGGGGCCACGGCCCCUGGGGAGAUUGAGGAGCUACUAGGGGCCACUCACCUAGGGCAGCACGGGGAUCCGGAGGAUGAGGAGGGGUUGGAGGUGGUGGGAGGGGAGGAAGAGCACACCGGGGGUGUGGAGGUGGUGGUUGAGGUUGGGCAGAGGAACAGCGGCCUGUUGGAGGAUGAGGACAUGGAGUGUGUGACCAGUUUGUAGGGUUGGACCCUCACACACGCAGCAGCAACAGUGAACCUCUGGACCCCCUCUAUCUCUCUCUCUCAGUCUGGACCCCCCUCUAUUUCUCUCUCUCGGUCUGGACCCCCUCUAUCUCUCUCUCUCGGUCUGGACCCCCUCUAUCUCUCUCUCUCGGUCUGGACCCCCUCUAUCUCUCUCUCUCUGUCUGCUGGAUGAGACCUGGCGUCGGCGGUCUACAGACCAUUACUUCUAAACAUACUUAUUUCCUUUUAUGGAAGACAUUUUAUUUGAUGGGAUUGAGAUGGGUGUUUUUGUGUGUGUGUGUGUGUGUGUGUGUGUGUGUGUGUGUGUGUGUGUGUGUGUGUGUGUGUGUGCGUGUGCGUGUGCUUGUGCGUGUGCGUGUGUGUGUGUCUGUCUCUGGGUGUUUCAAAAGUGCCUCACAGUUAUCACGUC